UUUGUUUUUUUUGGGAAAAUCUCAAUAGAUGGCAAGAUUCCUUUCGUCUAAUAUUGUGUCCACAUUCAUUUUCCCAAGAAAUUGUAUAAAGCCAUAUAUGUGUCUAUCAAAAAUGUCCUAAUCACAUAACCCAGUUCCCCAUAUAAGUGUUUUGAGUUAACAAGAAUAUAGUAGGGUGAAAGUAUGGCAGUGAACAAAGUGGAGAAAUCAGAGGAAGAAUGGCGAGCCGUUCUAUCUUCCGAGCAGUUUCGCAUCCUCCGUGAAAAAGGAACUGAGCUGAAGGGUACGGGUGAAUAUGACAAGUUUUUUGGUGAAGGGAUCUACAAUUGUGCUGGUUGUGGGACUCCACUGUAUAAAUCCACAACCAAAUAUGACUCUGGCUGUGGCUGGCCUGCUUUCUUUGAGGGUCUUCCUGGGACAAUAAAUCGCUCUCCGGAUCCAGAUGGAAGGAGGACGGAGAUCACGUGUGCUGCAUGUGGUGGACACCUUGGUCAUGUUUUCAAAGGGGAGGGGCACAAGACACCCACGGAUGAACGCCACUGCGUGAAUAGCGUUUCUGUCAAGUUUAUCCCGGAGAAUACCUCUGCUUCACUCUGAAACUCUUUCAUUUUUUGGAAACCAGUUUUCCUGUGCUAGACCAUAAGUUCCGAUCGUUAUAAUAACGUGUUUCCUGGAUUAUUUGGCUUUCAA